AUGAACAACGGUGUGACAGCGAUGGACGAGCUAUGCGAUGGCACGGCGACGUCGUCGACGUCGUCGGUUGGACGACUCGGCGCCGACGCGUUUGUCGGAUGCGUCGGGAGUCCCGAGAACUUUUUUCUCGGCGACGAGAUUUGCCCGCUGCCGCGAGAUCGAUGCAACACGUGGCCGAUGCGACGGCCUCAUCCCGAUCCAAUCUCGCAAACGAGCCCACUUAUACAUGAGCAAAUUCCCGAAGAGGAUCCCGACUUGUUCGGAAGCAACGAACAGUGCGGGCAACUUGGAGGAACAUCGAAUGGAUCGACGAACAUGCUGCACUCUCCAGAUGGCAAUCACAUGUCGUCGCCGCUCAAUCACAACAACAUCUCGCCAACCGCCGACGGUUCGCCGGAAUCGGGUUCGAAGAAGGCGACGACGCGACGCAACGCGUGGGGAAAUCUGAGCUACGCGGACCUCAUCACACAGGCGAUCAUGCAGAGUCCCGAGAAGCGAUUAACUCUCGCACAGGUAUACGAAUGGAUGGUGCAAAAUGUUCCGUAUUUCCGGGACAAGGGAGAUUCGAACAGCUCAGCUGGAUGGAAGAACAUGGAGAUGGAGAAGCGUGUGGUGACGACGACGGCGGCGGCGGCGACGGGCCCUCCGGCGGCAGGCGACACCACGAGGACCUCCCAUUGA